UGCGAUACAGAGCAAGACAAAAGCUGCACUCAAACCAAUAGAAUAACGAUCCCUAUGUAAUUUAAGCAUCCAUGCCGCUCCUUUUUUCAUACAAGCAAAAAACCUAAGGAAAAUGGAGGUCGAGAAGGGCAGAGGAGGCCAUGUCCUGGUUCUUCCCUACCCAACUCAAGGCCACAUAAACCCCAUGCUCCAGUUUUCUCGACGCCUCACACACAAGGGCCUCAGGGUCACCCUGGUCAUCACCAUCCAAAACCUCCAGGAAAUGCGCGCAUCGAACCCCUCUGACCCGGCCUUUCUCGACAUCGAACACAUCUCUGAUGGCUUCGAUGAUGGCUUGCCCGUGGAUUUUAAGCUGGAUACUUAUGUUGACAGCCUUAAACGUGUCGGGUCCCAGACACUUGACAGUCUCCUUACUCGACUCGGUGCCGAGGGUGUUCGACCUCUCUGCGUCAUCUACGACUCGUUCCUUCCUUGGGCCCUAGAUGUUGCACAUGCCCAUGGCAUCCUGGGGGCUGCCUUCCACACACAGUCCAUUGCAAUUAAUACACUGUAUCUACUCCACCAUGACAAAUUCUCAGAUAAGAAAACAGACAUCACGACGCCUAUUUCUGUUCCUGGGAUGCCCAUUUUGGAGUCUUCGGAUCUCCCCUCCUACAUGUCGGAGCCCGAACUCUAUCCGGCCUACUUAAAAAUGGUGGUGCUGGACCAGUUAAGUAACAUGGAUCAAGCUGAUUUUGUUCUAGCGAACUCGUUUGAUAGCUUGGAGGGAGAAUUGAGCAGAGAAUUGGCCAAGGCAUUUCCCCUAAAGAUGAUCGGGCCGGCAGUCCCGUCCGUGUAUCUGGACAACAUGAUUGCAGACGAUAAAGGCUCCGAUGCCGAUCUAUACAAGGCGGUAAAUUGCCUGGGUUGGCUCGACGAGAGGCCGGUCCGGUCCACGGUAUAUGUUUCAUUUGGGAGCUUGGUGGGCAUGCCUAAGGAGCAGAUGGAGGAGAUUGCUUGGGGUCUGCAUGCGAGCAAGAGGUUUUUCGUAUGGGUGGUUAGGACUCUGCCGAGACAUCUAGAGGGCCGGAAUCUGCUGCCUAAGGGAUUCUCUGAAGCCACCAAAGAUCGAGGACUCGUUGUUUCUUGGUGCCCCCAGCUUGAGGUGCUAUCUCACAGAGCAGUUGCCUGUUUCUGGACUCACUGUGGUUGGAACUCGACCCUCGAGGGGCUAAGCCUCGGGGUGCCAAUGGUGGCGAUGCCACAAUGGACGGACCAACUGACAAAUGCAAAGUUUGUGUCGGAUGUUUGGCGGGUCGGCAUGCGCCCGAAAGCGGAUAACAGAGGGAUUGUUGGCAGAGAAGAGGUGGAGAGGUGUUUGAGAGAGGCCAUGGAAGGGGAGACAGCAGCUGAAAUGAGGAGGAAUGCAGAGAGGUGGAGCGAGCUGGCUAAGGAGGCUCUGGAUGAGGGGGGUAGCUCAGAUAGGAAUAUCAAUGAAUUUGUCGCUACUGUGUGCUUUAGACAAGUAAGACACUCGUGUUGUAUCGGUCAUUAACAAAGAGGACUCGGGUCGGGUCGGGACUAAUCAGUGUCUUGAGCCUGAGUCGAGGCCAUGGAUGAGGGAGGUUGUUCAUAUCAAUGAAUUUGUGGGUAGUGUCUCAAAG